AUGGAGAGGGGGCCAGGGGGUGGAGGGCCCGACAAGAUUUGGCCAGGAUUCCCUUUCCCUACGUUGUCGGCUUUCUUUUCUUUUGAUUACAUUUUAAAAAAUGCUUUUAUCAUCUUUUUACUUUUAUGUACUCAGAUCGGUUCAAUUCGAAAGAAGACACCGCCCUCUCCGGUAGCAUUUGAUGACGGCUCUAAACCCCCAAUUAAUUUGACAAAUCCGACUGUUGCUUCAAACUCGUUUUUCUACAUAAAGGAUCCCAAGACUUCUUAUAAGACAUGUGACGUGCUAGAGCUCUACAUCGAAGUCCGCGACGGCCACAAUGUGACGAAAAAGACAGGCGGUGACCUGUUGUGGCCUCUGAUCCGCUCGAAUAAGCUGAAAGCGAGCGCCCCGUUUAAUCAGCUAACCGACCACGGGAACGGGAGCUACACUGCCCGACUAACACUAACGUGGGCCGGUCAGGUAGUGCCCCAAGUGUCGUUCGUCCACAGCGCGGAGUAUGUGGAAGCUUUGCGGGGCGUCAUCCAACGCCAGCCCGUCAGGUUCAACUACGUGUCCAAGUUCACCGCGAACGGUACGACUGAGUACACGCCCUGCCACAUGGUCAGUGAAAUGCCGUUCAUUGCAACUAACCCUGAGGUGGCCUACUCCUACCUAUCGCCCACUGAAGUCUGUGACUAUUCCGAUACCAAAGCUGGUACCAACUGGUACUGUCUGAAGCCUGCGACCCUGCCCUGUUCAGCGAUCUCUUUGCACAGGGGUGACUGGCGUGCGUCUCAUGAAUUCUUCAACAAGAUCAUGACUCCAGACGAAAUAGCAGCAUGGAAAGCGUACGUAAAAUGUGUAUCGCCAUCCCUGGCCUUAAUGAAAAUCAGUGACAGUUAUAAGCAAUCGUCUAAUUCACCAACACCGGACACUGGACUUUGCACAGUUUCAUUUUUGCGCAGUAUGUCACCUGCACCCUAAGGGCCUCAACAAUGCAGUACCCUUGUUUCACCCUUAAUCUGAUUUGAACAUUUGUCUCACAUCUUCAGGGCAUUGUGGGGUUUUUUGUUUAUUUUUUGGUUUUUUUUUGUCGGCUUUUACGGAAAUGCAUAAUUUGGAUAGCGUCCUACUUCCUGUUAUGACAUCACAACAGCAACAGACUUAUGUUUCCGGAAGUGUGACCUAUUCUUUAAUUACUGUAACCAAAAAAAAAUCAAAAAGCCUUGUUUCAUUUAAAAGUUGCACAAAACAUUCAAUUGGAAAAUUCACAUCAUAAACCCUUUUCUAUUCCGAAUAUAAUAGUACACUAAUCAAAGAAUUUUACUUUACAUCAAGAAACGCUAGUGCAUUUCAUUUGGUUAUUGCCAUUUGUUUAAGACCGUAAUAACACUAAGGACCUUUUUAAAUAUUAAGUUCAAGUUUCUACCUUCACUGGUUUCUUCUAACCAAUCAUAUUAACAAUUUAUUGCAAACCUCGUUUUUCCGAACCCAUCGAAGGUUCAUUUUCCAGUAGCAUAUACUGGGUCAUACAAACUUUACACGAGUGUUCAUUUCAC